AUAAAGUCAUAUCGAUAUACGAUUAUAUUCUUUAAAACAGCAUCGACAUUCAACAGAACGAUAGUAAAAUAUAAUCAAAAUCGAUACACAAUAUAAGAAAUUUAAAUAAAUUCGGAGCUGAUUUUCCCUAUUAAAGUAGUUAGUUGAAUAAUUCAGUGAUCUGUUUCCUAACAAUAUUUAUUAUUUAUAAACUUGUAAUGUUGAGUACAAAAACCUUACGCUUUAUUCCCUUUCAAUUCAUACGACGCAGACUAAUACUAUACACAGCGAAACGAGCGGGAGUAUGCAACCAUAACGAUGAGGAAAGUUGCGAUAUUGACAAAUACCUGGAAACAGGUUUCCUGUUAUCAGAGAAGAACAAAUUGCGAGCUAUGCAAUGUAUGCGAACACCACCACCCAUUGGGUUGAGGUUGGGGAAGACGACAAACGAAACGUCAUUUGCUGCUGUUCUGAUUUGUCUCUGCACGGAUGAAAGGGAUGAGGUAUCAAUCCUGUACACCCGGCGCUCCAGUCGACUUUCUCGUCAUAGUCGACAAAUAUCUUUUCCUGGUGGAAUAAUGGAUCCGGACGAUGCUGACUUCAUAGAUUGUGCGUUACGUGAAGCAGAGGAAGAAAUUGGUUUGUCUCGUAGGCGUAUACAUGUCUGGGGAUCAGGUACUAUAAUAAAACCGCGACAUACUGCUGCUAUAAUGCCUGUUGUUGCCGUUGUGAAUAAUUUUAAUUUAAAAGAGUUGAAACUCAACGAGGACGAAGUAGAGGAGGCAUUGCUCAUGCCCCUCAAAGAGCUGGUGCAUCCUAAAACCUUGAGGCAUACACAGUUCAGGGGUGGUUGGAGUACCCCCAAUUUUGUGAUUGGCCAUAAUAAAGUGUGGGGCAUUACAGGCUUCAUAACAAAUACUUUUCUCCAGUGCCUGAUUCCAAUAGAUUUAAAAAGACUUAAACAUCAUGCCAAAUACAUUCGACCUUUUAAGAUAAAAAAUUAAUUAAAUAAACGAACAACUUUGAAUAUAUCAUCACUUAUAUUAUUAAGUAAUAUUUUUGCACUAGGAAAACGAAUUUAAAAAUGUAUGUUUCAGAACUCAAUGUCUCUCUAAACUAUGUAAAUAAAUGCAAUAGCGAAAUAAAUCAA